AUGACAAAGAUUUUUGCAUUAAGUCCGAAUGUGAAAGAAGGCGAUGAAAAGCCGAAAGAACUGGAUGGAAUCACAAUAUCGUCCACCACACCACAGGCUACUCUCUAUCCGUCAAGUGAAGUUACUGUAACUGGAUCGACAUCACCAGGGGUACAACGACCUGGUAGAUAUGAUAUGGCGGAGGAGGAUACACAUGUGGUGAUGCCUAAAUUUGAUUCAUCAAAUGCACCGGAAAAAAUGGAUAGAAUGAUGAAUCAGAAUGGGGACACGAUUCAAGACAAUCGUAUCACCGAAAAUCAGGAUGGCGAAAUGACAGCAAAUGAUGAUGGAGAAAUGAAACAACCGGAUGGUCCGACACCUAACCGUUUCGAAGCGAUGAAAGCGAUUGCAACUCUACUCAAAAUUCCUGGUGUUCAACAAGUCGCUGUUGUUCAAAAUAACGGUAGAAUACCUGAUAAUAUGAUGAUGAAGCCUGAAAUUGCACCUAAUGAAAAAAGAAAUAAUCUAGAUGAGUUACCGUCAUCAGUUAUAUCACCAACAAAAACUGUAGCUCAAUCACAAGUUCCACUUGUACCACAGAUGGAAAUGAAAGAGUGGGAGUUGGUGAACUAUCGUCGAGCAAUACGAGAGUGGUUAUUGCGCCGUGAGAUGUUCAGGAGACGAAUGUUAGCUGAGUUAGAACGAGAACGUGAAGAAGUAGCAGAGCGUAAAAUUUCACAAUUUAUUAUGGGACUUCAGCUACAAGAACAACAAGAACCAACACAACUUGAACAACUCCAAUCAGUGCUGCCAAUAUUUCCAUUUGGACGAAUGCAUAUGACACCACCAUCACCACCGUCAGUGAUGUUAAUGAAUAAUGUGCAACCACCACCCGUGGAAGCAAAUCAGCGUAACAUGCCGAUGAUAUCGAUGAUAUCACCACCCAUGAUAAUACCCAGAAUUCCGCCCAUGCAUCCCUACAUGAUUCUCAAACAACAACAACAACAACAACAACAACAACAACAACAACCGGCAAUAAUGCCACUCAAAUUGAUGCCACCACAGAUGUUGAACAGAGAAGAGCCAAUAAUUCAACAAGUUAUCGGAUCAAAUCCAGAAAAGCCAAGUACUACACCAGUGCAAAUUCCUGAUAAUACAAUCAAUAGGCUUGAUUUGGAGCAGAAGAAAAUACCUGUACCUGUUGUUGAUCAACCAAUAUCAAUGACACUUGAUGGUACCCCGGACCGUGAUAAUAUCUUCAAAGAGUUACGAUCACAAGCACAGAUACAACAGCAGAUGUCACAACAGACCGUCCUACCGGCGGUGAUGGUACAACCUUUAGUUCCAAGUGUGAUCCCAGCAGCACAAAUUAAUUCAGACGAGAUCUUUCGAGAAUUGCAACAUCGUGCUCUUCGAAUGCAAAUAGAGCAAGAUCGAUUGGAAGCAGAACAACGAGCGGAAAAAGAGAAGAAUGUCGAUGCUGAAAUACCGGUACUAAUGAUCGCUGAUACAUUCCCGAGACGACCGGUUGAAGUGGUGGCAGAGCAAACCUCGGAAGAGAUUGCUGGAGCAACUGCUGCUGCCAGUACCGAAGCAACAACAAUAGCCAACAAUUCAGGCAACUCAUCGGAAUCUCUAUCAACCUUCUUCAAUUUUUUUGACAAAGGAGUUCAUGAAAGUGAAAUUACCAACUCUCCUGAUAAAGAGCAAGAAAUAGCAAUGAAGAACGAUGGUCUUAAUAUUGAACCAGUUGAACCAGAGCAUUCAACUGAAGAAGAUGGCUUUGGUGAUGCGCCAGUAGUUGCAAAUGACGAGGUUGGAUUGCUUGUAAAGCCAGAUGAUAGUGCACCACAAGUCAAUUUCAUUCAAGAACCCGCUACGAGCGAAACACCAGCCAGCAUGGAUACCCUGGAAGAGGAUCAUUCAGAGCUGUUCAAACCACCGGCAUUCCAAAGUGAAUCGAAUGACAGGAAUGGCGGUGACAUGUUGGGCACUCCAAUGAGAUUACUCGAAACUCCGCAAAUUCAAUAA